CGUUAAACCCGCACGUAUCGUCACACAUUCAUUUCUCGAAUCAAAGAUGCCAACAGCAAGACUCAAAAUCCAGACAAAGAGAAUGAGUGUUGAGUCAGAAACGUAUAUAAAACAUAGCAACACUGUACUACUGUGUGGUGUGUACAGUAAUGUUAAUAUGUCAACUUUUCUCUAGAUUCUCGUAUAAGUACAUAAUCGUUGUGGCCAAGAAACCGUUUGUUCUAUCUAUCUAUCUAUCUUUUACUUGGUUGCUUAGUGUUUCUCUCUUUUAUUACAUGCAGAUAUAGAUUAAAAAAGAGAGAGAGUGUUAUUGGAUUUAAUUGAAAAUGGCUGUGAAGCUAUCUACAUGGUUUUUGAGCCAAGGGAUGAUGAGUGGGCUGAACUCCAGCAGCAACCACUCCUAUGUUCGUUUUUUCUCACCCUCCUAUCGCUUACUUCCUGCUUCCUGUAAAAUGCGUCACCGUAAUCUCAGUUCCCAGCAUAAAAAGCAACAAUUGAAGAAAGCCUCUCAUGAACGGCCUCCAACAAAUGCAGAUUUCCAGCCAAAUGGUGAUGAGGAGUUAGAAUCCGAAAAUGCUUCAAUUAUUAAUGUCCCAAUUUUGAGUGAGGAACUCAUUUCAAAUGAUGAUGUUGACACAAGCAUAGCUCUGGAGCAUACCAGUGCAAAACAAUUGAAGAAAGCCUCUCAUGAACAGCCUUCAACAAAUGAAGAUUUCCAGCCAAAAGGUGAUGAGGAGUCAGAAUCCGAAAAUGCUUCAAUUAUUAAUGUCCCAAUUUUGAGUGAGGAACUCAUUUCAAAUGAUGACGUUGACACAAGCAUAGCUCUGGAGCAUACCAGUGCAAAACAAUUGAAGAAAGCCUCCCAUGAACAGCCUCCAACAAAUGAAGAUUUUCAGCCAAAAGGCGUUGAGGAGUCAGAAUCCGAAAAUGCUUCAAUUAUUAAUGUCCCAAUUUUGAGUCAGGAACUCAUAUCUAAUGAUGAUGUUGACAAAAGCAUAGCUCUGGAGCCUACUGGUGCAAAGGAGUUGAGUAGUCCAACUAUAACUAAUGAAGAAAAAUCUUUGGCUAUAAACGUAGGUGGUGCAGGGCAACUAUCAAGUGUUCAAUCUGAGGAUUUGGUUGGCAUGAUAAGAUAUGCGGAGAAAAAUAUCCUUCUUCUCAAUCAAGCUCGGGUUCGUGCACUUGAAGAUGUUGAAAAGAUUCUCACAGAGAAGGAGACACUGCAAGGAGAGAUCAAUGCUUUGGAGAUGAGACUUGCAGAAACUGAUGCCCGGAUUCAAGUUGCUGCCCAAGAAAAGAUACGUGUGGAACUUCUUGAAGACCGGUUAGAGAAGUUGCGAAAUGAAUUCACUCAAAGGGAUGGUACUGAAAGAAUUGAGCUUGAUAUGUAUGAGAAUCAUGAAAAUCUUUUGAGUAGUGAGGACUCUAUAAUACAUAAUAAUAGUUUUCAUCCUCUUACCAAGGAGCUUAGCUCAUUGAGGGAAGAAAAUGUCUUCCUAAAGAAUGAUAUAGAAGCACUUAAGUCUGAGCUUAAUUAUGUCAAGAACACGGAUGAACGUGUGCUUAUGCUGGAAAGACAACGCUCAUUGUUAGAAUCUUCCCUAAAAGACUUGGAGUCUAAACUUUCUGCUUCUCAGGAAGAUGUUUCCAAACUUUCUUCUCUGAAAGUUGAAUACAAGUACUUGUGGGACAAGGUGGAGAAUUUACAAGAAUUGCUAGAUAAGGCAACCAAACCAGCAGAUCAAGCUAUUACAGUGUUGCAGCAAAAUCAGGAGCUUCGAAAGAAGGUUGAUAAAUUGGAAGAAUCCCUUGAAGAAGUUAAUGUCUAUAAGCUCUCAUCAGAAAAAUUGCAACAGUAUAAUGAAUUAAUGCAUCAAAAGAUCAAGCAUUUGGAGGAUCGUCUUCAAAAGUCUGAUGAAGAGAUAUAUUCUUACGUUCAAUUAUAUCAAGAAUCAGUGAAGGAAUUUCAAGAAACGCUUAAUAAUCUGAAAGAAGAAAGCAAGAAGAGGGCAGUAGUUGAACCUGUGGAUGACAUGCCUUCAGAAUUUUGGAGUCGUUUAUUGCUCAUAAUUGAUGGUUGGUUGCUUGAGAAAAAAAUAUCAACCCAUGAUGCAAAGUUGUUGAGAGAAAUGGUUUGGAAGAAAGAUGGACAAAUUUGUGAUGCAUACAUGGCAUGCAAGGAAAAGAAUGAACGUGAGGCUGUAACUACAUUUCUCAGGCUGACAUCAUCACCAACACGUCCAGGAUUAUAUGUAAUUCAUAUUGCAGCAGAGAUGGCACCAGUUGCUAAGGUUGGUGGUUUGGGGGAUGUUGUAGCUGGUCUUGGUAAAGCUUUGCAAAAAAGAGGACACCUUGUGGAAAUUGUUCUUCCAAAAUAUGAUUGCAUGCAAUAUGAUCGUAUUCGUGACUUAAGGGUCCUGGAUGUGGUGGUAGAGUCAUACUUUGAUGGCCAACUAUUUAAAAAUAAAAUCUGGGUUGGCACAGUUGAAGGUCUUCCUGUUUAUUUUAUUGAACCUCAUCAUCCUAACAAAUUCUUCUGGAGAGGAGAAUUUUAUGGCGAGCAUGAUGAUUUCAAGCGUUUUUCAUUUUUUAGCCGUGCGGCACUUGAGUUGCUUCUUCAAGCUGGCAAGAAACCAGACAUAAUACAUUGCCAUGAUUGGCAGACAGCUUUUGUUGCACCACUUUACUGGGAUUUAUAUGCCCCUAAAGGAUUGAAUUCGGCUAGAAUAUGUUUCACAUGCCACAACUUUGAGUACCAAGGGACUGCUCCUGCUGCAGAAUUGGCAUCUUGUGGUCUUGAUGUCCAUCAGCUAAACAGACCAGAUAGAAUGCAGGACAACUCUGCACAUGACAGGGUCAAUCCUGUUAAGGGUGGAGUUGUAUUUUCUAAUAUUGUGACGACUGUUUCGCCUACUUAUGCACAAGAGGUGCGGACUGCUGAGGGAGGAAAAGGUCUCCAUUCAACACUUAAUUUUCACUCAAAAAAGUUCAUUGGGAUUUUAAAUGGAAUUGAUACUGAUGCAUGGAAUCCUGCCACUGAUACAUUUCUCAAAGUCCAGUACACUGCAAAUGAUCUUCAAGGGAAAGCAGAAAAUAAGAAAGCUAUGAGAAGGCAUCUAGGGCUUUCUUCUGCAGAUGUCAGGAAGCCACUGUUAGGCUGCAUAACAAGAUUGGUGCCUCAGAAAGGUGUACAUCUUAUUAGACAUGCGAUAUAUCGAACGUUGGAGCUGGGAGGACAGUUUGUACUUCUUGGCUCAAGUCCAGUGCCACAUAUUCAGAGGGAAUUUGAGGGUAUCGCACACCAGUUUCAGAAUCAUGAUGACAUUCGAUUGAUGUUGAAGUAUGACGAAUCUCUUUCCCAUUCCAUAUACGCAGCAUCUGACAUGCUCAUCAUCCCGUCCAUCUUUGAGCCAUGUGGCCUUACACAGUUGAUAGCCAUGAGAUAUGGCUCUGUACCAAUUGCAAGAAAAACCGGCGGUCUGAAUGACAGCGUUUUCGACAUUGAUGAUGAUACUGUACCUCUCCAGUUCCGGAACGGAUUUACCUUUUUAAAUCCUGAUGAACAGAGUGUCAACAAUGCUUUGGAACGUGCAUUUAACCUCUACAAGAAUAACCCUGAGAAAUGGCAGCAGCUUGUUCAAAAUGACAUGGUUAUAGAUUUUAGUUGGGAGUCAUCAGCUGCACACUAUGAUGAACUUUACGCAAAGUCUGUGGCCAGAGCAAGGGCCACAAACCGGCCUUAAGCUUGUUUGCUGAUGAUGAUUCACUUCUCUUUUGGCAAAAACAGCCUUCUCCACGCAAGCUUGCCUGGAGGAACAUUAUCAGGUUUUUUCUAUAUAAAAGUGUAGCUGAGAUUGGAACACACUUAAUUUAUAGGUGUUGUACGGUGUAUCUAUAUAAAGUUCAAGCUGAGAUUGGAAUGCUUGAUUUAUA